GCUAAACGGUCUUUGUUUUAAUUGAUUUUUUGCAGAGACGAUCUUUAUAGGAUGAUUUAUAAUAUGAAUAUUUUUUUUAAUUAUAAACAUAAAAUUCUAUAAAUUGAUAACGAAAAAUUUUGAGAAAUUUUGAGUAAUAGUUCCUACUCAUCUUUAAGUAGUCAAGUAUUGUUCGUAAAAUAUUGUUAUUCCUUGAAAGAAUUCAAUAGUCACAUGUUCUUUAUUCCAAAUUAACCCCUUGGGACUGGGGGCUCAAUUGCAAAUUCGAAACAGUUAGAGGCCCUUGUGAGAAAUCCAAAUCCCACAAUUCCACGAGUACAUACGGCAUAAGGUUUUAGUGGAGGUUUUAGAUAAGAGAAGAAGGAAAGAGAUGAGCUGGGCAACUGCAGCUCCGCUUCUAUCACUACCUCCUCCUAAGCUUCACUCUUCCCCUUCCUUCCUCUCUUCUUCUUCGUCUUCGAUUUCGAGUGUUAGGGUUUCAAAAAGCAGUAGUAUACAUUUUUCUUCUGCUUCGCCAUUUUUGUCCUCAGAAAAGCACCAGAUAUGCAGAGCAGCGGGCGAAUACAAAUUUCCCGACCCAAUUCCUGAUUUCGUUGAUGCCGAGACAGAAAAGUUCAGGACCCAUCUGCUGAACAAGCUCUCCAAGAAAGAAAUGUAUGAAGACUCUGUCGAAGAAAUCGUAGGCAUAUGCACUGAGAUAUUCAGUACUUUCUUGCACACCGAGUAUGGUGGUCCUGGGACACUCUUGGUGGUUCCGUUCAUUGACAUGGCCGAUACUCUAAAUGAACGGGGAUUACCUGGAGGCCCCCAGGCAGCUCGUGCGGCAAUCAAAUGGGCGCAAAAUCAUGUUGACAAGGACUGGAACGAAUGGACUGGCGGUGAUGAAAGUUAACAGGAAGCUCAAGCUCUUGUUAUGCAAGGUUGUUUCGUUGUAGUUUGCUAGUUUAAGGAUAGAUGAUAGAGUUGGUCAAGUAGUUUUGGUAUCUGUUGUACUUGCAAAACUGAUGGCAAGGGAAAUUUGGAAGUGUAUUAGUUGCUUUUGUUGCAACAUUAUGCUGUGAAUCUGUUCCUGAGGUCUAUCAAUGAAAAGCUGUUCCUUC